UCUUCAUCUCACCAAAACACACUUGUUUCUAAGUUCUUAGCUUAUUAUCAUCUCGAUAAUAAAUUAAAAAGAAAAAAAGUAGAAAAAAAAAGUAAAAGAAAAAAUAUAUCAUCCUACAACUCUUUCUAUCGCAGCUAAUCUCUUUAAAUAAGGUCUAAUGGAGUCAUACAUUCUACAAAUUAUCGCUAUCCUUUACGUAAGCACAUUAACUUUUUUUUCUUUAUAAAGAGAACAAUAUAAUUAUUUUAUUCUUUCCUUGAAUGAUUGAUGUUAAAUCUUCUUGUUUUUUUUCUGUUUUGAUUUUAUUAAAUAUGCAGAUAGCAAUAACAUCUAUCGAAGCCACUUUUCUUUUCCCUAUAGGAGGUGCAUUUCAUGGUGACGCGCAAAAGAAAGCCGCAGCACAAUUGGGGGGUAAUCUUAACUUUAAUAAACAACUAGGAGGUUCUGGAGGAUUAAAUUUAGGUGGAAGCAAGGAAGUUUCAGCUUCAGGUCAAGCAUCGGGUUCAGGCCAAGCAUCCGGUGAAGGCCAAGCAUCUGGUGGAGGCCAAGCAUCGGGUUCAGGGGAAGCAUCAGGUUCAGGCCAAGUAUCGGGUUCAGGGAAAGCUUCAGGUUCAGCCCAAGCAUCGGGUCAAGCAUCUGGCAAGGGCCAAGGACAAUUAGGGGGUAAUGCUAACUUUAAUCAUCAUCUUGGAGGUUUUGGAGGAUUCCAUUUUGGUGGAAGUCACGAACUUUCGGGUGGAGCCCAAGGAUCAGCUUCAGGUGGAGCCCAAGGAUCAGCUUCAGGUGGAGCACAAGGGUCAGCUUCAGGUGGUGCCCAAGGAUCAGCUUCAGGUGGUGCACAAGGAUCAGCUUCGGGAAAAGCAUCUGGUUCAGGCCAAGCAUCUGGUUCAGCCCAAGGUUCCGGACAAGGUUCAGGCCAAGCAUCAGGUUCAGGUCAAGCAUCCGGCCAAGCAUCUGGCCAAGCAUCCGGCCAAGCAUCUGGCCAAGCAUCCGGCAAGGGCCAAGGAGAAUUAGGGGGUAAUGCUAACUUUAAACAUCAUCUUGGAGCUUCUGGAGGAUUCCACUUUGGUGGAAGUCAUGAACUUUCGGCUGGAGCCCAAGGAUCAGCUUCAGGUGGAGCCCAAGGAUCAGCUUCAGGUGGAGCCCAAGGAUCAGCUUCAGGUGGUGCACAAGGAUCAGCUUUGGGAAAAGCAUCUGGUUCAGGCCAAGCAUCCGGUUCAGCCCAAGGUUCAGGUCAAGCAUCUGGCCAAGCAUCCGGCAAGGGCCAAGGACAAUUAGGGGGUAAUGCUAACUUUAAACAUCAUCUUGGAGCUUCUGGAGGAUUCCACUUUGGUGGAAGUCAUGAACUUUCUGGUGGAGCCCAAGGAUCUGCUUCGGGCCAAGCAUCUGGUGCAGCCCAAGGUUCAGGCCAAGCAUCUGGUUCAGCCCAAGGGUCUGGUCAAGGUGAAGCACAAAUGAGUAAAACUUUUGGUAAACGAGUUGGAGGCUUUGGAGGUUAUGAUGGUGGUGAAAAAUAAGAAAAACCUCAAAGUUGCAAGAUGAGUUAAAACUAUAGCCAUCGUGCACGAUGCCAAUAAAAUGAGUCCAUCAUCAAGGAGAGUCGUAGUGAGUUGAUGUAUACAACUCUCACUUCCCUUGUUUUCUUUAUGAAUGAAUAUGUAUUUUCCUUGUAACUUUGAUCAUCAUGCUAUGAUCAUUCUUAGCUUCCAAGAUGGCCGAUGCUUCAAAUCUAAUAAGUGUAUGUUGGCUAGUUUAAUUAUUAAUGAAAAUCGUUUUAUGCUUGUUUCAGAUUUUUUUUUUUUUUUUUUUGCAUUUUAAGGUUUACUCCCUCCUUCCCAGUAAUAUUCUUUACAAUAUUUUUUCUUUCAUCGUCAUGUACUAUUUUUGUAGUUUUUCACUUCCAUUCUAAUGGCACAUCAAUAUUUUUUAAUCUCUCUUUCCCACUACCAAAAAUUUCAGGAUUUUAUUCACUUUCUCAUCCAAAACAAAGAGUACACAACUUUGGAAUCCAAAUCUACGACUCACAUGCCAGUUGUGUGUCACUUCAUGUUAUUGGUUACACUAGUAGAAUAAAUGCUAUUUGCUGCGGUUAAAAAGUGCCCUAUUGCUGCGAUUUUGGGCGCGCAACAAUUAAGGGGGCAGCAAUAGGUAUUAAUUAUAUUGCUGCGGUUUUAAACCGCAGCAAUAUCUCAACAUAUUGCUGCGGUUUCUAGCACAAAACCGCAGCAAUAUUAUUAUUUUAUAUCAGAAAAAAUCCGGUAUAUUGCUGCGGUUUCUAUCCAAAACCGCAGCAAUAUGGCCUGAUACAGACAAAAUUUUUUUUUUUUUUUUUUUGCAUUUGCUAAUUAAAUUUGAAAUAUUAAAACCAAAUAACUAACAUAUUCUCAAUUAAAUUCAGACAAACUGAAGAUAAAAUGUUCAUUAAUAUAUAAAGAUGAAAAAUCUAAUUACAUCAAUAUUACAAAAGAAUAAACUGUAAAAUAGA